CCGCCCGGCCCAGACCCCGCUCCGUGUGCGCGUCCCGCUCGGCCUCUCCGGCCUGACAGGCUCCUGGAAGAAGGACAGAGAGCAAGGAAGCAUGCAGUAUCUCCCCUUCCUCCUCCUCACCAUCUUGGGCAUCACCCAACUAUCGCCUCUGAGCUCCGGGAAGGCCAUUGGCAAGCCUAGUCUCAGCGAGCAGACCAUCAAAGAUGUGGAGGCGGAAAUCUUCUCCUAUAAAGCUGUGGCCAAGGCCCUCAUCCACAUGGCAGUGGAGGGCAAAGCCCAGAACAGGUCCUACGAGCGCCUGUCCCUCCUGGUCGACAUGGUGGGGCCCAGGCUCAGCGGCUCAAAGAAUUUGGAACAAGCGAUCCAGGUCCUUUACCACAGCCUGAAGGAAGAUAGGCUGCAAAAUGUGCACCUGGAACCUGUCAAGGUCCCCCACUGGGAGCGGGGAGAGGAGUCGGCGCUUAUGAAGGCACCCAGACGCCAGCCUAUGGCCAUUCUGGGUCUGGGCAACAGCAUCGGGACACCCCCCAAUGGCAUCACAGCUGAAGUUCUGGUAGUGACCUCCUUCAGUGAGUUGCAGCAGAGGGCCCUGGAAGCCAAAGGGAAGAUUGUUGUGUAUAACCAGCCCUUCAUCAGCUACCAGGAGACCGUGAAGUACCGCACCCAGGGUGCUGUGCAAGCUGCCCUGGUGGGUGCUGUAGCCGCCCUUGUGCGCUCCGUGACGCCCUUCUCCAUUUACAGCCCCCACACGGGCAUUCUGGAGUACCAGGAAGAUGUACCUAAGAUCCCCAGUGCCUGCAUCACCGUAGAAGAUGCCGAGAUGAUGGGACGAUUGGCCUCGCAGGGCCUUCGAAUUGUCAUUCAGCUGAAGAUGUGCGAAAAGAAAUAUCCAGACGCAGAUUCCUUCAACACGGUGGCAGAGAUCACUGGCUGGAAGUAUCCAGAUGAGGUGGUCCUGAUCAGCGGCCAUCUAGACAGCUGGGACGUGGGGCAGGGCGCAUUGGAUGACGGCGUUGGAGCCUUCAUAUCCUGGGAAGCACUCUCACUUAUUAAAGAUCUGGAUUUGCGUCCAAAGAGAACUCUGCGCCUGGUGUUCUGGACGGCAGAGGAGCAAGGUGGGAUUGGCUCACUACAGUAUUAUCUUCAACACAAGGGAAACAUUUCCAAGUAUAGCCUGGUGAUGGAGUCGGAUUUAGGGACCUUCUUCCCCAUCGGACUGCAGUUCACAGGCAGUGAGGAAGCCAAAGCCAUCAUGCGGGAGAUCGUGAAGCUACUGCAGCCACUAAACAUCACUCAGCUCCUAGAUGGAGGUGAAGGGACCGACAUCAACUUCUGGAUCCAAGCUGGGGUGCCAGGUAAGAAGAAACUCAGCAGGGCCACCUAG